AUGUCACAGAAUUUGCCACUGCCACUGCUACUUCUCUUUUGUUUCUUUUGUUCACCCAUACUUAUCCAAGGAUCAAAUCAAAAUGAAAGAAAGCCGUACAUUGUAUACAUGGGAGAAUUACCAGAGAAUAGAAGUUAUGCCGUGGAAGACCACCACCAUAAUCUACUGACUGCAACGAUUGGAAACAAGAAGUUAGCGAGAGUGUCGAAAAUACAUAGCUAUGGAAAGAGCUUCAACGGAUUCGUUGCACGACUUUUGCCACAUGAAGCAAAGAAACUGCAAGAGGAGGAGAAUGUUGUAUCUGUGUUCCCAAACAAACGGCAAAAAUUACACACGACAAGGUCUUGGGAUUUCAUAGGAAUGACCAAGAAAGUGAAGAGACGCAGCAACAUAGAGAGCCACAUCAUUGUGGGUGUGCUAGAUACAGGAAUAUGGGUUGAUUGCCCCAGUUUCAACGAUAAAGGGUAUGGACCUCCACCACGACGAUGGAAGGGCAAAUGUGUUACGGGAGCCAACUUCACUGCUUGCAACAACAAGGUGAUCGGAGCAAAAUACUUCAACCUGGACCCAGUCAGCCAAAUGCCCGACAACAUCAGCCCGGCGGACGACCAAGGCCACGGUACUCACACUUCCUCCACAGCUGCAGGCGUAGCCGUGGAGGGUGCAAGCCUCUACGGCAUUGGCAAAGGCACUGCACGUGGUGGCGUCCCGUCUGCCCGCAUCGCCAUGUACAAGGUUUGCUGGACUGUUGGAUGCAGCGACAUGGACAUGCUUGCCGGCUUCGACGAGGCCAUUGCUGACGGCGUCAAUUUAAUUUCGGUCUCAAUUGGAGGGCCUUCCAGGGAGUUCUUCAAUGACCCUAUUGCAAUUGGUGCAUUCCAUGCUAUGAAGAGAGGGAUUCUCACUUCUUGCUCUGCCGGCAAUGACGGUCCUCACCUUUCCACUGUUGAGAAUGUUGCUCCUUGGAUACUGACGGUGGCUGCUUCCACCGUUGAUAGGCAGUUCACGACGGUGGUAUCCUUGGGGAAUGGCAAGAACACCACAGGACUAUCUAUCAAUACCUUUUGCCCCGAGCAGAAGAUGUACCCGUUGACUAAUGGAGUGCUUGUUGCUAACAGAACUGGAGAUGGCUAUGGCAAUCCAAUUUCUUGUGAUUAUGGGACAUUACAGAAGGACAAGGUGCAGGGAAAGAUAGUGUACUGCCUAGGGGGAAUGGGUAAUCAAGACUUGAUCAUCAAAGAAUUGGGUGGAGCAGGGACUAUCAUAGGCCUUGAUAACAGAAUAGAUGACUCCUACAACGUAGUUAUUCCAGCUACGUUUGUUGAAGCCAAUACUGAUGGCAGAGACAUUGAUCUCUACAUCAAUUCCACAAAGGAUGCUACAGCAGUGAUACACAAGACAACAAGUACAAAGAUCCCUGCUCCAUUUGUUGCUUCUUUCUCAUCAAGAGGCCCUCAAUUUAUCAACCCAAACAUCCUCAAGCCUGACUUGGCUGCUCCAGGACAAGACAUUCUGGCUGCAUUUUCCAAAUUGGCAACAAUAACAGGGUACCCUCAAGACUCACGUUAUGAAGUUUAUAAUAUAUUAUCAGGGACAUCAAUGGCUUCCCCACAUGCCAUUGGAGCUGCUGCCUAUGUCAAAUCUUUCCACCCUGAUUGGAGCCCUGCUGCAAUUAAAUCAGCCCUCAUGACCACUGCCACCCCCUUGAAAACAAGUGAUAAUUUCUCGGAGCUGGCAGCUGGGGCAGGACAGAUAAACCCAGCUGGAGCAGUUCAUCCUGGCUUAGUUUAUGACAUUAGAAUAGACUCCUAUGUCGCCUUCCUAUGCAAGCAAGGCUCCAAUGCCACUAACAUUGGCAUGCUUAUAGGCACCAAGAAUUUUGACUGCGCAAGCGCCAAGCUCGCGCAAGGCACCGAUGGACUCAACUACCCCACCGUGCAUCUCCAGCUUAUGUCUGCUAAUGAAAAGAUUUCCGCAGUCUUUCAUCGGAGAGUGACUAAUGUAGGAUAUGGGACCGCAACAUAUAAAGCUAAAGUUACAGCACCUGAGGGUGUUUCAGUUGAGGUGAUCCCAGAUACGUUGGUGUUUAGUGGAUUGCAUCAAGAGCUGUCGUUUAAAGUUGUCUUAAAGGGGCCACCAAUGGCGAACGAGACACGGGUGUCGACUGGAUCAAUUGAAUGGCAAGAUUCUAAACACAACGUCAGAAGUCUCAUACUCGUAUACAAAUCAAUGUUGUAAAGCGGCAGA